AUGCGGAAAUCACCACGGAAGCAGAAAAACAACGCAGUUGGAGUCGGUGGAGAGGACGGUGAAGAUCGGUAUAUCGUCGAGAUCAUGGAAUAUUCAUCAGAGGAGGAAGAAUCAGACGAGAUGCCUCUAACACAGCCUGAAGUUCACUUUCCAAUCACCAAGGUGGAAAAGGAACUGAGCCAGAUUUUGCAAGGCGGCAUGGAUAAACUGACCAUGUAUGAGCCGGAGGAAGUGAGUGACAUGUGCCAACAGCUUGCGAACGAUGCGCGUGACCUUGCGAAGCGGAGCGGGGCCAGCGAGCGCUACCGCUACGUUGCCCAGGCCAAGAUCGGUGCAAUCAACGGCGGUGGCAUGUUGGUUGGCACAAAGUGUCUGUGGGAUGUGGAAACGGACACGUUUGUGCAUGCCUCGUACAGGAACCGACACGACCUGUUCGGCGUGUUGGUUAUACAUGCACUGUACAAAGAUUAG